AUGGACAGGAACAGUGUUCAUGAUGUUGUUCUGGUCGGUGGAUCAACUAGGAUUCUUGAAGUGCAGCCAUUGUUGCAGGAGUUCUUUGAUGGGAAAAAACUCUGCAACAGUAUUAACCCCGAUGAAGCUGUGGUGUAUGGAGCGGCUGUGCAGGCUGCGAUUUUGAGUGGUGAAACUAAUCAGAAUUUGGAUCAAUUGUUGCUGUUGGACGGUACUCCUGUCUCCCUUGGGCUCGAGACAGCUGGAGGGGUACUGACCACAUUGACUUCACGAAACACCGGCAUUCCCACCAAGGAGGAGCAAGUUUUCUCCACCUGCUCCAACAACCAGCCUGGAGUAUCAGUUCAGGUGUGUGAGGGAGAUAGAGCUAGAACCAAGGAUAAAAACUUGCUUGGUUUCGAGCUGUCUGGAAUCCCACCUUCCCCUCGUGAUGUUGCUCAGAUUACCGUUUGCUUUGACAUUGAUGCAAAUGGUACUCUAAAUGAAGAACAAAAUCACAAUCACUAA